AUGUUCGAGUCGGACGCAGAGAGAGGUCAGACCCUUGCCAAGAAUACUUUCUACAAACUGAAGAAGAUGCUAGACAACUCUUACAAAUGGAAAUGGAUAUCGCUUAUAUUUACCAUCUCCACCACUGCCUUCCUGGUCAUCAGCGUGUCCGUCUGGGUAGUCAAGGACCGACAGAUCAAGGCAGCGAAACUACCCAGUUGCGCUCUCGAUUCAGACAGACAACUGUCAAGGUCCAAACGACAGGCAAGUCAGAACGACGUCUUUGCUGCCAUUACAUCUGAGGAAAUUGAUGAGGUCUUAGAGUACUUAUAUGCGGACAUGGUCUUGAACUUGACAAAGCCGGACGAGGCUGCUAUUGACUCCAGUUUCAUACACACAAUAGAACUCCAACCUCCAAGGAAACAGAACGUACUUGAUUAUUUGUCUGGUUUAAGCAAGCAACCAGAGAGAAUGGCCAAGGUGUUGAUUUUCCGAGGAGAUGUAACGCCACCUGUCCUCCAGGAGUAUAUCGUAGGACCCUUAUCCAACAUAUCGGAAGCGAGAGUGAUGAACACAUCCGCUAGGAAGACUACAAUUCCUUACAACUUCAGACCGUUCUCAUCUUUCGAAUUUAAGGCAAUCUACAAACACAUAAUUACGUAUAUUGCGAGGCGCGCCGGACACGUUUUGAGAGAGAGCUACAAUGCCACUCCAUUAGACUGCGGCAGGCAGUGCCUAAGGUUCUCUAUGACUCCGAUAUCAAGUGCUUUUCUAUCGAAAGGUGAACGUAAGUCUUGGUUUUGGUUUGCUUACGACAUCGAGUUUUACACAUUACAUCCUCUUGAUUUCCAAUACAGGGUCAAUAUGACAAGCGCUAACCCCAAGGAAUGGACCAUUGAGAAUGUUUGGUAUGCGAAUCAGAUGUUCUCCAGUCUUGAUGAAUUUCUUACCGCGUACACAUGUGGAAAUAUCAAUAAGACCGUGAUGUCCUUCCCUUCCGCCGAAGAAAACAAGUAUAGUUCUUUACAUUUUCGAGAACCGUUCUUCCCUGAAGCUGUUCUUCGUCCUCCCAUUCAAGUGGAGCCUGACGGAACCCGUAUCAACAUUGCAGAUAAUGAAAUACACUACCUCGCUUGGGAUCUAAAAUAUCGGAUGUCUCCAACGGUCGGACUUCAACUGUUUGAUGUCAAAUUUGACGGAGAGAGAAUUCUCUAUGAGAUAAGCUUGCAGGAGGUGGUGGUUACAUAUUCUGGGUUCAGCCCAUCCGCUCGAAUGCUUAAUUAUGCUGAUAGCGCGGGGUUAUUUGGUACCAGGUGCAGAGGCCUGUUACCAAGUGUUGACUGUCCUGCAAACGCACGGUUCCUUAACACACAUUUAUACUCUGCUAAUGAAGGUGGUCAUCGGACUUAUGAAAAUGCAAUGUGUGUAUUUGAACAUACUACAAACACACCUAUUCGAAGACAUCGCGCUUAUGGUCGUAUUGGGGCUUUUUACGGAGGCCUGGUUAGCUCUGUCUUGGUAGUGAGAACGAUACUGUCCGUGAUCAAUUACGACUAUAUAUAUGACUUCUACUUCUACCAGACAGGGGCAGUAGAGGUGAAAAUUUCUCUCACAGGCUAUCUCGGAACAACCUUCCACAUCCCAGAAGAAAACCCAUAUGGAGUACACAUUAAAGAAGGCAUCAACGCUGGAAUCCACAAUCAUUUAUUCCACAUGAAGGUAGAUUUAGACGUGAAAGGAACUGAAAACCGCUUUGAAACCCUCGACCUAAAAGUGGAGAACAAGACCGAUCCAUGGGUUGAUGGUGGCCACCACGUACAAACGUACUAUGAGAGAAACGUGAAAAAAACAGAACUUGAAGCAAUCUGCAAUUAUAAUUUCUCAGCUCCAAAAUAUUUUCUAGUCUCGAGUCAUAACGAAACCAGCGCGCAAGGUCUACCUCGAUCAUUCCGGCUGCUACCUAGAGGGAUGUCAAAUAUGUUGGUGAAUCCCAAUUAUGGGUUUUCAAGCUCUAUUCCAUGGGCGAGACAGCAGGUGGCUGUUACUCAACACAAGGAUGAGGAGGAGACAAGCACUUCUAUAUUUGCUAUGUGGGAUGCUAGCGAUCCAGUCGUCGACUUUGCGAAGUACAUAGAGGACGACGAGAAUAUCGUUGGGGAAGGAUAUAGUGGCAUGGGUCACCCUUGGAACUCAACAUAUACCGCAGAUUGA